AUGGAGCUGUCCCCCCGCAGCCCUCCCGAGAUGCUGGAGUCGGAUUGCCCGUCACCUCUGGAGCUGAAGUCAGCCCCCAGCAAGAAGAUGUGGAUUAAGCUUCGGUCUCUGUUGCGCUACAUGGUGAAGCAGCUGGAGAAUGGGGAGGUAAACAUUGAGGAGCUGAAGAAAAACUUGGAGUACACAGCUUCUCUGCUGGAGGCCGUCUACAUAGAUGAGACACGGCAAAUCUUGGACACGGAGGAUGAGCUGCAGGAGCUGCGGUCAGAUGCUGUGCCUUCGGAGGUGCGGGACUGGCUGGCCUCGACCUUCACCCAGCAGGCCCGGGCCAAAGGCCGCCGCGCCGAGGAGAAGCCCAAGUUCCGGAGCAUCGUGCAUGCGGUGCAGGCUGGGAUCUUCGUGGAACGGAUGUUCCGGAGAACAUAUACCUCUGUGAGCCCCACCUAUUCCACUGUGGUUCUCAACUGUCUCAAGAACCUGGACCUCUGGUGCUUUGAUGUUUUUUCCUUGAACCGGGCAGCAGAUGACCAUGCCCUGAGGACCAUUGUUUUUGAGUUACUGACUCGGCAUAACCUCAUCAGCCGCUUUAAGAUUCCCACUGUGUUUUUGAUGACUUUCCUGGAGGCCCUGGAGACAGGCUAUGGGAAGUACAAGAACCCUUACCACAACCAGAUCCAUGCAGCUGAUGUGACCCAGACAGUCCAUUGCUUCUUGCUCCGCACUGGGAUGGUGCAUUGCCUAUCGGAGAUCGAGGUCUUAGCCAUCAUCUUCGCCGCAGCCAUCCAUGACUACGAGCACACAGGCACUACCAACAGCUUCCACAUCCAGACCAAGUCAGAGUGUGCCAUCCUGUACAACGACCGCUCAGUGCUGGAGAAUCACCACAUCAGCUCUGUCUUCCGAAUGAUGCAGGAUGACGAGAUGAACAUCUUCAUCAACCUCACCAAGGAUGAGUUUGUAGAGCUCCGGGCCCUGGUCAUCGAGAUGGUGUUGGCCACCGACAUGUCCUGCCAUUUCCAGCAAGUGAAGUGCAUGAAGACAGCCUUGCAGCAGCUGGAGAGGAUUGACAAGUCCAAGGCCCUGUCUCUGCUGCUCCAUGCUGCCGACAUCAGCCACCCAACCAAGCAGUGGUCGGUCCACAGCCGCUGGACCAAGGCCCUUAUGGAGGAGUUCUUCCGUCAGGGUGACAAAGAGGCAGAGCUGGGGCUGCCCUUUUCUCCGCUGUGUGAUCGCACUUCCACUCUGGUGGCACAGUCGCAGAUUGGUUUCAUCGACUUCAUCGUGGAGCCAACCUUCUCUGUGCUGACUGAUGUGGCCGAGAAGAGCGUCCAGCCCCUGGCGGAUGAGGACUCAAAGUCUAAGAGCCAGCCCAGUUCCCAGUGGCGCCAACCCUCUCUGGAUGUGGAAGUAGGAGACCCCAACCCUGAUGUGGUCAGCUUCCGCUCUACCUGGACCAAAUACAUUCAGGAGAACAAGCAGAAAUGGAAGGAACGGGCAGCAAGUGGUGUCACCAACCAGAUGUCCAUUGAUGAACUGUCCCCCUGUGAGGAAGAGGCCCUGCCCUCCCCCGCUGAGGAUGAACACAACCAGAAUGGGAAUCUGGACUAGCCUGGGGCUGGCCCAUGUCCUCAAUGCGUCCAAAGUGUUCAAUGUC